AUGGAGCAACUACAACAACUCGUUCUCGAUCCUCUCAAACCCUACUUGAUCCCCAUCACAUCAAACCUCCCGGGACCGGUCAACGACCUCGCGGUUAAUUUACUAGGCGCACCCUGCCACAGCGCCCUCCUGCUCGACCUCGAUGUCACGUCGCACCCGGAAUGCGUUUCCCUGGCCAUCUCCAAGGCACUCGGCAUAGGCAUCAUCACAGCGGCGUCGAUCGUCAAAGUGCCCCAGAUCAUCAAGCUGGUCAAGUCGCAGUCAUCCGAGGGCCUGUCGUUCACGAGCUACCUCUUGGAGACGGCGAGUUUCGUCAUCACGCUGGCGUACAACAUGCGCAACGGGUUCCCCUUUAGCACGUACGGCGAGACGAGCCUGAUCGCGAUCCAGGACGUGGUCAUCAGCGUCCUGAUCCUGGUCUACUCGAAAAAGACGGUGCAGGCGGGCGCGUUCCUCGCCGCGGUCGGCAGCGCCGUGUACGCGCUCAUGGUCUCGGACACGCUGGUCUCGGACGCGCAGAUGACGAGCCUCCAGGCCGGCGCUGGCGGGCUGAGCAUCGCCAGCAAGCUGCCCCAGAUCCUGACCAUCUGGCAGCAGGGCGGCACGGGCCAGUUGUCCGCGUUUGCCGUGUUCAACUACCUGUUUGGCAGCCUAAGUCGCAUCUACACGACGCUGCAGGAGGUGGACGACAAGCUCAUCCUCUACGGCUUCGUCGCCGGGUUCGCGCUGAACGCCAUCCUCGCCGCGCAGGUCCUGUACUACUGGAACAGCCCGACGACGGCGGGUCACGGCAGCGAAGUCGAUCAGUCCCGGAAGUUGCAGGGUGUGGGACAAAAGGGCACAAAGGCCGCGUUGGCCACCGAAGAGGUUUUGAAAACAAAUGCCCGUGCCGUGAAGAACACGAGCUCGAGCUCGCCGAGGCCGAGUAGCAGCAGUGGAAGACGCAGGGGAUGA